AUUAUUCCUUAAUUAGGUAAAAUCUAAAAUCGUACUAUAUAAAUAAAAAAUCCAAUUAUUUUUAUCGUGAUUCUGGCUGGGAAGUUAAUUAAGUUUAUACUAUAAUACCUAGUUUAGAGUGGUGAGCAAGGAAGUGGAAGUAAUAGCGCCGUGUUUGGUUAUAACCAGAAUAAUCAGAAUCAGAAAUUCAGAAACACGAUGAGAAGAUACAACAAUUCUUCUUCUUCUUCAAAUUCUGGAAAUUAUCGGAAUCCAUGUAUUACUAUGCACCAACCUUGGGCUUCUCUUCUCGUUUAUGGCAUCAAACGCAUCGAAGGCAGAUCAUGGCCUUCUCCCAUCAAAGGUCGUCUUUGGAUUCAUGCUGCUGGUAAAGUACCAGAUGAGUCAACUAUCAAAGCAAUGGAAUGCUUCUACAAAGAAAUUUAUGCACUCAAUGGAAUUACUGAUAUCAAUUUUCCUCAACACUACCCUGUUUCUAGGCUUUUAGGUUGUGUUGAAGUUGUUGGUUGCUUGAAUCGUGAGGAGAUAUCGUGCUGGGAGAUGGUUCCUGAAUCGGUAAGGCUGGAAGCGCUGACUGAUUAUUGUUGGUUGUGUGAGCAGCCACAGAAAUUGUUGAUUCCAUUUGAGAUGCGAGGUUACCAAGGUGUUUAUAACUUGGAAAGAAAGAUUUAUGAAGCUGCAGUUAGAGGGUUGGCCCCUGUUGAUAGCCCAUUGCCAGUCAAAUUUCCGCUUCCAGAUCCAUCAGAUCCGUUUUCUCUGAAGCCGGGUCGUGUCUCUGCGCUUACUCGUAAUUUGAAAGCAACUGAAGUGGACAAAUCGUCAAGCUUAAGUCUGGCCAUAGCAGGGGCAUGCGCCGCAGCUACUCAGUUCUCAAAGAAGGAUCAUAAUUCCCAAAGCGCUGACCGAAACAAUAAACCUGCCAAAACAGAUGCUAAUCAUGACGAGAUACAAGCUGCUAGAUCCUAUAAUUUACGACCACAUCCCAGAUCUAUGGAAAAGGGAAAUAUACCAUCAGAUGAAUUAAAUGAGAAAUUUGAUGAUGGUGAUGUCUCAACUGAUCAUGAAGUGAAAAACAGUAGUAAAAUGAAUGACGAAAGUAGCUCGCACCAUCAGUCUCCUCGUUCUGACAGGAGACAACAUUUUAUGCCCUCUACUAAGGUCAGCAGUCAAGAUGAUGGUGAUGUCUCAUCCGAUCAUGAAGUGAAAAGCAGUAGUAAAAUGAACGAGGGAAGUAGCUCGCUCCAUCAGUCCCCUCGUUCUGACAGGAGACAACAUUUUAUGCCCUCUACCAAGGUCAGCAGUCAAUUUGAUGAUGAUGACGUCUCAUCUGAUCAUGAAGUGAAAAGCAGUAGUAAAAUGAACGAGGGAAGUAGCUCGCUCCAUCAGUUUCCUCGUGCUGACAGGAGACAACAUUUUCAACCCGCUACUGACAGUAGACACCAUUUUCAACCCGCUACUGACAGUAGACACCAUUUUCAACCCGCAACCGACAAGAGACACCAUUUUCAACCCGCUACUGACAGUAGACAGCAUUUUCAACUCGCUACUGACAGGAGACAGCAUUUUCAACCCGCUACUGACAGGAGACAGCAUUUUCAACCCGCUACUGACAGGAGACAGCAUUUUCAACUCGCCACUGACAAGAGGCAGCAUUUUCAACCCGUUACUGACAGGAGGCAGUAUUUUCAACCCGCUACUGACAGGAGACAACAUUUUCAACCCUCUACCAAGGGGAUUCUGGUAUAUAGACCAAAGAUCAGUUCUGACAAGUAUGAGAGAAGCAGUAUGCACGGUCAGUCUUCAUGUGCAGAAGCAGAUUUGAGACAGCAUCCUCACCCACCAUCCAAGAUUUUUGCCGCAGCGUUGAAAAGCCUGAAGCAAUGAUCGUGGAAGGAGUCUAACUUCUCAGAGUCCGAUUGUGAAUUUGUAACGCAGUGAAUGGAUUAUUUAGUUUUAGGUUGAAUUGAAAAAAAGCUUGGAAAUGGAUCCUCACUUGAAUUUGUUUUGAUGCUUGAGUCUGUAAACUAUAUUGAUUGAUUUUAUGUUGGUUCUCAGUGUUUGAGUGGUAGAGCUCAGGUUCUUGUAUAUAGUAGUGGAAAAUUGUGAGUUUGUAACAUGUGAAUAAUUGUAUUCAUUCAUGUAAACAAUAAACCCGUCUCACAUAAUGUUAGAAGUGAAUCUUUCAUGGCAUCUA